GCAUACCUCUUUUAAAGUGCUAAUCGUGCGCAUGCGUGCAGAGAAAUCGCUACAGAUUCAACAGAUGUACACCGGAAACAGUAGGGUCACGUGGGUUUCUGCUCAGUGGUUGCCAUGGCUGACUCGUCUCCAUGUCAACAGUAGUUAAAGUAAGAAACCAAGAUGGCUGAGACAGGUGAUGGUAAGAAAGAGGAGGCGGACUACAAGAGACUACACAGCUUUCCUCUAAUCAGGCACACAGAUAUGCCUGAGGAGAUGAGGGUGGAAACCAUGGAGCUGUGUGUCACAGCCUGUGAAAAAUUUGCCACCAAUAAUGAGAGUGCAGCUAAGAUGAUAAAGGAGUCUAUGGAUAAGAAGUUUGGGAGUUCCUGGCACGUAGUAAUCGGGGAAGGCUUCGGCUUCGAGGUGACUCACGAAGUGAAGAAUUUACUAUAUAUGUUCUUCGGUGGCAGUCUGGCAGUGUGUGUGUGGAAAUGCUCCUAGCAGGAUUCUUGGACCAAUUCCUCUCCCCCUUCCUCACACACUACCUACUUUUAUAUAUUUAUACACCUGUAUUCACAGUACUGUCUCAGCUAUGCAGUCAUUUUUCUAUUUGACCCGUAUGUCUGUAUGCGUGUGUGUGUUUAUGUGAAGUUAUUUAGGACUGUCUGUUAAAGAGACACUAAUAUCUGACAGCAUAGACCAACCCUUUAUAACUCACCUUUUGUCUUGAACUGCGUUUUAUAUAUCGGUUUACAUUGAGAAAAACUAAUGCUGCAAGGGAUCGCUGGGAAGGAGCUUGUCUAGGGUUUAUCUCUAAGUUGCACCAGUACUCUUGGGGUGUUUUCACACCUAUAGUUUGUUUGCUCUGGUCUGAAUCAGUUAAAGGGUUGGUUUCCCAGACAUGGAUUAGGCCUAGUUGUAGACUGUUUUUUCCUUUAAUUAAAAGAACUCCAUUUAAAAUGCUGUUCCGUCCAAGAUUGGGCUUAAUCCGUGUCCGGAAUGCAGACCCAUAAAGUUUGUACAAGAUUUGUUUUACACAGGGAAAAAUCCAAAUGCACUAAAAAGAUGUCAAGAUAAACUAUGUGAGAAAAAAGUGGGAGUCCUCUUUCCUUACUGGUCAGAUCUAUCUGGGACCGGAGCAAGAAAGUAAAUACAGAAAGAAGGUCCUGUGUUCUGGCAUGUUUCUCUGCAGUUAAACAAGAAUCAAGAGCAGAUACAAUUUUUCUUUUUUGCUUAGUACUUUUCUGGGUAAUGUAUCCUGUUAAACAACACCUACAAAAAGCAGUGUAUCUCAAACUUUACAAAAUACUUCAGUUCAAGGCUGGGGAUCAAGGCUGGAUCAUCUCCUCACCACAAACAAUUACAGCACUAGCUCCAGAGUUCGUUUGGGACUGGCCUGAGACCUGAACUGUUUUGGUCUAUUCUAGUGGUCUAUUCACACCUGCUCAAACAAGUCUGUUUUAAAACCAGAUUAAAACAUGCAGGUGUAAAAUUUACCCUAAACUGUAAACUUUAGGAUUCUGUAGUGUGAGAUUAUAGAAGAGCAAACAAUUUUUGGUUCUUUGGAACCAUAUAAAGAUACGUUUAAAAAAAUUUAUUAAUUUACACGUGGAUACUAUCUGGAUUAAUUUUGUUUGGAUUCUGUUCACACCUUUCAAUAAAAUGUCAUUACAAGCGUUCCCAAUGUGACCAGAUGACAGUUUACAUUCCAGAUGACAGAUCGCCGGUUACAUUUAUAUGUAAAACAAUGUAACAGCCUGUAAUAAACUUCUAUUAACUUUCCUAUAAACAAUGGUUUUAAUAAAAAAAACAUCAGUUUAAAGGACAAUGGAGGUUCUACAGUGCAGUGGAGCAAUAAAUGGUUCUCGCAUUCAAGUAAUAUGUCAGAAAUUGUGAAGGAUAAUUUAAAUUGCAAGGAAACUCACUCAGGUUAGCUACAUUGAGCAAGUGAGAGAGAGAAACAUGAGAAAAUCCAUAUCCACAGUAAUAAUUAGUUGUAUUCAUAUUUUUCCUCAGAAAUGCAUUCUGUUUACAUUUGUAUUAAAUGUGAAUGAAAUCCAAAAAAAAAACAUGUUAAUGCCAAGUAUGAACAGGCACUAUGGGGCAGCUUCCUAGACAUAGAUUAAGCCUAGUCUUGGACUGCAUAACAUUUUUGAAUGGUGAUUUUUCAAUCAAUUUAAAAUAAAUUGUAGUCUAGGACUAGAUCUAAUUGCUUUCACUGGCAAACUGACCCUAUAAGUCUUGAUACUGGAGAACUGCUAAAUGCAUUAAAUUAAACCUGUAGAUAAUAUUUACAGUAUACUAGCACCGGGGUUUGGGUACCCUGUUCUAUACUGUGGCUAGAAAAUAAAACAUUUUUCUCAUUUUAUUAUUAAGAGUACUGUUGCAGACUAGAGUUAACAACAAUUGACCUUUUUGUACAAAAGAAAAAACCCAAUACAAAGUGUUUAACACUGAACAGAAGCACAUCCACAGCUCCACUUACCAACCAACUCCCACAACAUCCUACUGCAGUUCUUUCACUGGUGGAUUAACACAUCUUUUUUAUUUUUUUUUUAUUUGAGCCACCACUCAGUAAUGUCCUCUCACGUUUUUCACUCCCUCUCACUCCCUCCCUCUCACUCCCCCUCACUUUCACUCUCCACCCUCUUAGUCAGUCUCUUGGCUAACAGUGGAGUCCCACUCUCCCCUCGGUGGGCUGCCAAUGCCAUCUGUUUCAAAACCACCACUUCCUCUGUGCCUCUGUCUCUUUCUCUCUUUCUCUUUAUUUCUCUCACUAUUAUUUUACGUUUUUUCCUUUUUUUCAUUGUUAUGCUGGGUGUCAUUUGCACCAAUUUUCUUUAACAAACCAGCAUUUGUGAAUUGUCAUCUGUGAAAACUUGAAAACAAGUAUAAAUCCCAGAACUUUUUAAAUAAAAUAAAAAAUGACGUAAUUUC